AUGAUAAAAAAGAUAAUAAAGAUAGAAAAGGUAAAAAAGAUAGAAAAUGUAAAAAAGAUAAAAAAGGUAGAAAAGGUAGAAAAGGUAGAAAAGGUAAAAAAGAUAAAAAAGAUAGAAAAGGUAAAAAAGGUAAAAAAGGUAGAAAAGGUAGAAAAGGUAAAAAGAUAA